UUCACCAAGGAAGUAGAGUCAGAUAAAAUAAGGAUUCCUUGCCUGUCUUUAGCUCGAGCCCACUUCAUUGCUUCCAGGCAUGCCCAACCCUCACAUUGAAUGACGGAUGCUGUCGUUCCAUGUUUCCCUCCCUCUUCAAUAGCAUAGCCUCGGGUAUUGAUUUGAACCGCCUAACCUAUCCCAGCUCUCGUGGUCUUUUUAUCCUCAUGAACCAUCUGCUUCCACAAUGAAGUCAUCAAAACCGACCUUAUCAAAACCUAUCCUUGCUUGCUACUCAUGAAACGAUAAAGAGUCGAUAUAUACAUUAUUGUGGAAGAAGUCAUGACUCAUAUCAUGAGGAAUGAGUUCAUGAUAUAGAUAGGGAUCCAUUUAUUCGUUCCCUUUCAAUUAGUCCCUUAGUUGUACGUCAAGCAAAAUCGUGAAAAUGAUAAAUUAAAAUGUGGGAUUCCUGAAUUUCCUACUAGCUGGUAACUGAAUUAUCUCGUAAUUACAUUAUUCAAAAAUUAACAAGCUUUUAUAGCUAAAUAUAUAUUACUCGUACAGUUAUAUGAUAGUUACUAGUAGCAUAUUACGUUGCUAACUUUUAUCAACCUUGUCAUAAAAGAAUUAUCCCACUACGACAAGCAUUAAUUAAACUUGCAUGGUGCACACACUACCCAUAUAUAACCUAGUUACAUUUAAUUACACGGUGGAGAGAUUUAUCAUUAAUUCAUUAUUAUCCAUUUCUUUCUCAUACAAUAAAGAUGUAAAUAAAUUACCUCAUCCAAACUAUAAAAGGAACUGUGUGUCAGCUUUUAAUACAUCGAAAUCAAAUACCUAAUUCAGCAUUACUUAUUUUUACUUCCAAUUUACUCUAAACUAAUUAAUGCGCACUCAUCUAUUCAGGCUAGAAUUUUCAAAAGUUAUACCACUUUUUACAUUUUACUUUAUAUAUACAUAAGAAUCAUUUGCUUACAAUUUACAUCAUUUUUCAUGUAUUCUUACUUCCAGCUAGCAAAGCAAUAGUAAAUUAAAAACCCAAGAGCAACAUUACAAAAAGGUCAAUGCCUAUGGCAGGCGUGAAAGUCUUAACGUUAGUAUGCGUAUGUAAUGACAGUAGGAGUGAUCUUAUGUCCCCGAGAGCUCGGUACCCUUCAAUGCCUAAGUAUCCCAAAGGGAUUUCGACGUCAAUGAAAGGAAAUAUGGAAGAAGGAUGUAAGAGUAGUGAAUGGAAAGCUAUGUAUAGAGUGAUGGGAAUGACAUGCUCAGCUUGUGCUGCUUCAGUUGAGAAGGCUAUUAAACGACUUCCGGGGAUUAAAGAGGCUAUUGUUGAUGUUUUGAAUAAUAAAGCUCAAGUCAUUUUUUAUCCCAACUUUGUUAAUGAGGAACGAAUCCUUGAAGCCAUUGUGGAUGCUGGCUUCGAGGCUGAACUGAUUGCUGAUGAUAUUAACGAUGGAAGCAGUCAAGUAUGCCGGUUAAGGAUUAGAGGAAUGACAUGCACUUCUUGUGCAAAUGCCAUCGAAACUAGUCUCCUAGGAGUUCAUGGUGUUAAAAAGGCACAAGUUGCAUUAGCUACUGAAGAAGCAGAAAUUCACUAUGAUCCGAAGCUUGUUAGUUACAAUGAAUUACUAGAAGCUGUAGAAGAUAGCGGGUUUGAGGCUGUACUUAUCACUACAGGAGAAGAUAGAUGCAAGGUGCACCUAAAGGUUGAUGGGAUAAAAACAGAUCAUUCUUGGAGAAUGAUUGAGAACUCACUUAACAUUCUCCCCGGUGUUCAAAAUAUAGAUAUUGAUCCAAAACUUCAGAAAAUAUCUGUUUCUUACCAGUCUGAUAAUACAGGGCCAAGAGACUUUAUUGAAGUGAUCGAGUCAGCUAGCUCAGGGCGUUUCAAUGCAAUGAUAUAUCCCGAAGAUCACGGAAAGGAUUCACAUAAACAGGAAGAAAUCAAGCAGUAUUACAGAUCAUUGCUGUGGAGUUUAAUCUUAAUGAUCCCAGUGUUUCUGACAUCUAUGGUAUUCAUGUAUAUUCCGGGUGUUGGAGAAGUAUUUGACACCAAAGUUUUGAAGAUGCUAACUGUUGGUGAGAUAAUAAGGUGGGUAUUAGCAACCCCUAUACAAUUCAUUAUAGGCCGGAGAUUUUAUAUUGGGUCUUACAAUGCUUCAAGGCAUGGUUCUGCUAAUAUGGAUGUUUUGAUUGCGCUGGGAACAAAUGCAGCCUACUUCUAUUCAGUCUACACCGUGGUUAGAGCUGCUACAUCAGAAAAGUUUGAGGGAACAGAUUUCUUUGAGACAAGUUCUAUGCUUAUUACCUUUGUACUUCUAGGGAAGUACCUAGAGAUAUUGGCGAAGGGAAAGACAUCUGCAGCAAUCGCCAAGCUAAUGGACUUGGCCCCUGAGAGGGCAGCAUUAUUAACCCUUGAUGCAGAUGGAAAGAUCCUGAAAGAAAAAGAAAUUGACAGCAGAUUGAUACAAAAGAAUGAUGUGCUUAAAGUCAUUCCUGGGGAAAAAGUAGCCUGUGACGGUUUUGUAGUUUGGGGCCAAAGCUAUGUCAAUGAAAGCAUGAUAACAGGAGAAUCGCGGCCAGUACCUAAGAGGAAGGGUGAUCUAGUAAUAGGAGGUACAGUGAAUCAAAAUGGGGCCUUACAUAUUAAGGCAACACGCGUUGGAUCAGAAAGUGCACUUUCUCAAAUUGUACGACUGGUUGAAUCAGCACAAAUGAACAAAGCACCUGUGCAGAAGCUUGCUGAUCAUAUAUCUAGAUAUUUUGUGCCAUUGGUUAGUAACUUAGUUAUCCUUUUUGCAAUUUCAACUUGGCUUGCAUGGUUUUUAGGCGGAAAAUUCCACAGCUACCCAGAAUCAUGGAUACCACCAUCAAUGGACAGCUUUGAGCUUGCACUACAGUUUGGCAUAUCUGUCAUGGUCAUAGCCUGCCCGUGUGCCCUGGGUUUGGCGACACCAACUGCAGUUAUGGUUGGUACUGGAAUUGGUGCUUCUCAAGGUGUACUGAUCAAAGGAGGCCAAGCUCUUGAAACUGCUCACAAGGUUAAUUGUAUUGUGUUUGAUAAGACUGGGACUCUUACAGAGGGCAAGCCAGUAGUUGUCAGCACGCGACUUCUGAGACAAAUGGUGCUGCGGGACUUCUAUAAACUGGUUGCCGCGGUAGAGGUCAAUAGUGAGCACCCAUUAGCAAAAGCCAUCGUCGAGUAUGCCAAGAAGUUUAGUGAAGACAAAGAACACCAAAUUUGGUCAGAAGCGAGGGAGUUCAUGGCCAUUAGUGGUCAUGGUGUCAAGGCCACAGUCAACAACAAGGAGAUUCUUAUUGGAAAUAAGAGCUUGAUGUUAAAUCAAGGAAUCACCAUCCCAGCUGAGGCAGAGGAAUUGCUUUCAGAAGCCGAAGGUAAGGCUGAAACAGGCAUACUGGUAUCCAUUAGUCAUGAAGUUGCAGGAGUAAUAGCAAUUUCUGAUCCUCUGAAGCCGUGUGCACCUGAAGUCAUAUCUAUUCUUAAGUCCAUGAGUGUUGAGAGCAUUAUGGUGACUGGUGACAACAAGGGGACAGCCAACUCCAUUGCCGGACAAGUUGGAAUUGAGACCGUGAUUGCUGAAGCUAAACCUGAGCAGAAAGCAGAGAAAAUAAAGGAAUUACAGGCUGAAGGUUAUGUAGUGGCAAUGGUUGGAGAUGGUAUUAAUGAUUCACCCGCAUUAGUGGCUGCUGAUGUCGGAAUGGCAAUUGGUGCUGGAACAGACAUUGCCAUAGAAGCAGCAGAUAUUGUUCUGAUGAGAAGCAACUUAGAGGACGUCAUAACUGCCAUCGACCUCUCAAGGAAAACUUUCUCUAGGAUACGAUGGAAUUAUAUUUGGGCUUUGGGUUACAAUGUACUCGGUAUCCCAAUUGCUGCUGGAGCUUUGUUUCCCUCAUUAAGAUUCCGCUUACCACCAUGGAUUGCUGGAGCAGCGAUGGCUGCUUCAUCAGUCAGUGUUGUUUGUUGGUCACUCUUGCUGAAGAAUUACAAAAAGCCAAAGAUAUUGGACACCCUUCAAGUUAAGGAAAUAAGGGUUGAGUGAAAAUGCCUAUUAAUACAUUAUAUGAUGGGUAAUUGUGUUAGCUACAAUAGUUUUGUACGUAUCAAUAACCUGAAGGUGGCUUAUACUUAGCUAAAUCAUGGAAUUGUAAAUAGGUUAAGUGGAAAAAAAAGUGCCACAGUUCUUCCACUUCCCUGUUGUCCACGUAAACGUUGGGUCAGAUCGAAAUCAAACUCUGAACCUCAUGGACGGGAGGUGAGGCCGGAACAGCAAACAAUAAAGCCAAUCUGUUUCAGGAUCAGAUUACUCUCUUUUACAGAUAAUAUAUAUGUAUCCUCUGUGCUACAAUGUGUACAGAAUUCUCCUGGCAUUUGGUAGUUUAGCAGUGUAAUUCGAAAUGUGAGAAACAUGAUCUAGUUACAUUUGUCAGCAACAAGCUAAAAGCAAUGAUCCACACACACAUUUUAAAUCA